AUGGAUACCGGCAGCAUGCUCUUUCUGGGUCAGGGUCGAAACCCAAGGCGGAAGUUUGCCCAAAGAGCCCGGAGUCUGUACCGCACGGAGAUCCUCGCCACGUCCUUCAAGAACUACCGGGUGGCCAGGCAUCAGAUGGACCUGGCCAUGGAGAAGAAGACCGGGGGCAAAAUCAAGACCUUUUUUGAGGGGAUGAAGAUGCACUCGGUUUUGAUUCUGGCAAAUUAUAUAUUCUUUAAAGGGAAAUGGAAGUACCGCUUUGACCCGAAGGACACUAGGAUCAUGCCCUUCUCGGUGAGCAAGGAGCUCAGCGUCCCGGUGCCCAUGAUGCAGAGGCUGGGCUGGUUCCAGCUGCAGUACUUCCGCCACCUCCACAGCCACGCCCUCCAGGUGCCCUGCGUCUGCAACACCACUGCUCUCUUCAUUCUUCCUGAGAAGGGGACGGUCGCCCAGGUGGAGGAGGCGCUGAUGAAGGACAAUUUGGACAAGUGGACUGAGCCCUUCCCACUGAACAGGAGGAAGUUGUAUUUUCCCAAAUUAUCCCUGAGUGGGAAUUAUGACCUGGACAAGCUGGUGCUCUCACCCAGCGGCCUGAAUAUGUUUGGUUACGGCAUAGGCCUCUCGGGAAUCUCUGUGCAAACCAUCCCCAUAAAGGUCUCUAAGGCAGUGCACAGGGUGGAGCUGAUCGUGGAUGAGGAAGGGACAGAUGAGGAAAACGUCGCCAGCUUCAGGUACUUUCCCAAGCACCAGAUCCCGGCUGUUCACUUCAACAAGCCCUUCCUGCUGCUCGUCUAUCAGGCAGGCAGCCACAACCUUCUCUUCAUGGGGAAAGUGAUAAACCCCACCGCACCCUAG